GAAAAGCGGGUGAUGGUAGUGCGGACGGAGCGCGCAGACUGUAGGAGUGUUUAUAGUCGCGGGGCAUGCCGGGAUAAAGUGAACUAAGUGGGCGGCAGGGGAGGGGAGUUGGGUUGGACGAAGGCGCUUCCUGGGGCUCUCUGGAGGGAGGGGGGAAGUUCGAGAUGGGCUCACCCUGAUGGCGAUUGCCGCGGGAGGCCUCGAGUAACCCUCCCCUCCCAGCCCUGUCCAGUCUGGCCCGGCUCGGCCAUGCCCGGCCCAGCUGCCCCUGGAGGAGCCCAGAGAAAAAGGUCAUCUUCUACUGCUACUUGGGACCCCCCCCCCCCCCAAAAAGAAAAGAAAAGAAAAGAAAAAGCUUUCAAAGCCAAGAUCCCUGCCUGUUCUACAAUGCCAUGGUCUAACAUGGACUGCAGAGAUGGAGUGUGUGCAUGACUAAAAUUCAGUGAGAUGUUCCACUUUAAACUGGAACACGGGCAAACUGAAGCAGGUAGCUGCUAAGGAAAUAGAAUACCUUGAGUUCAUGUUUCCAUUAGAAGCGAAUGGAAGGCACUGGUCAUUAUUUCAACACUUCAGUUUAUACAGGUGCAAGCUAACCUUUAUAAAAAGCUGAACAAUGGAACCAGAUAUCAUCCGAAUGUAUUCUUCAUCCCCUCCGCCACUAGAUAAUGGAGCUGAUGAAGAGGACGAUGAUGAGUUUGGUGAUUUUGGUGGGUUUUCUGGUGCUGGCACUAGUGUAGGCUUUGACUUUGCAUCAGAUUACUCCAGUUCAAAGGAAGAACUCAAAUCUUCGUAUAACUCUGAUUACUCAGGCAGCGUGGACAGCAUUAUAGCCUUUACUACUGUUAGAUACGCUAAUGAUAAAGAUAGCAUUACAGAACUUCCUAGUUCUACUAAAGGACUUUCUGAUAGUACUAACAAAGAAAAAUGUGAGUGUAGAAGUUCAGGCACAUUAUUUGAUGAAGCAAACUCUGUAGAAGUAAAAAGAACUGGGAAAUUAGAGGCACCUUACUCGGAAAUCAUUAGAACUGAUAUGAGAGCUCCAAGUCAGGACCAGCAAAUAGACAGUUGUAAUGGUGGGAGACAGCAGUGCCCAGAAGUUCUAACAAAUGGGUUUGCAUCGUUGGACAUGGCAAAUCCUCAGGGAGUGGAAGAUCUGGACAGUAUCAGUGAUUCAAAGGGAUUUAAAACUAUUAGCACUCAUAGUACUGAAUUAGAUUCGAUACCCAGCAUAGUGGAGGAUUUUGCAGAUUUUGCCACUUUCACAAAUAAACAAGCAACCCAGGUAGAAGAAACGGGAAAUAUAUGCAAAAAUUCUAGUGAAAGAGAAGUACUAACUGUGCUGCAAAGCAAUAUUAUAAAUAGUGUUGGGGAGGGGGAAUCUGUGAAAGAAGGGACUUCUGAUGGAAACUCUGCACAUAAAGAAGAGACUUGCACUGAAAGUGAACAGGUUUGCGUUUCAAAAAUUAGUAUGGUUCUCAAUGAAGAUGUCAAGGCUGAAGAAAAUUGUACAGCUUUGGAACAUUACAGCGUUGUUUCUUCCACACAACCAAAUGUGAAUUCAGCAGAUAUAACUGAAAGUAUUGGAGGAAGAGGAGAGUGUGACACUGGAAAUAGCAAAGAACAUGAUUUUUUUCGGACCAGUGAUACUACAAAUACAUUAAAUCUUAAUGUAAGUGAAGUUCAGAGUCUUAGCAGUCUUCCUACAGAAGAGAAUGUGUGUGCUUCUGAAAUAGUUAAAAAUGGUGAAAGUGACACUGAACAACAUGCAUCUUGUGGUGAUUUAAAUGAAGAUGAUUUUGGUGACUUUGGCACAGUCAGUAAUGGGUCUCUUGCUUUUGCUGAAGGUGAUCAAGUUGCUAUGUGCCAAGAAAAUCUUGAAACUUCUGGGGGGGAAAUUAAUAGCCCAAGUAGCAAAUGUGAUGACUUCAUGGAUAGAAGUGGUAUUCAUCAGCACUCAAAAGUAGCUCCUUCUGAACCAAAUGAGACUUCAAACACUGUGUUGGAAACAUGCCGAAUAGCUGAUACUGGUUCUAGUGUAAAUAUCCAGCCUCUUCCAGAAUUGGAAAAUGGAGAUGGUGGUGAAUUUGCAGAUUUUGGUUCAGUGACCAAAAGGUUUCCAGACUCUGAUGACUUUUCAGACUUCAGUUCUGCUGGUUGUAACCAAGCUGCCGAGUGGAAUGCUUUUGAGGCUGAUCAAAAAGAAAGUUGUUCGUGGGCUGCUUUUGAAGAUGAUCAGGUAGUGGAACCUCAUCCUAGAAAAGAUGUGUGGUUGUCGCAUAGGACAGACACAACUUCUGGUGCUGAAGAUUCAGUGACUCCUAAGACUGACAGUGUUUCCAUAACAUCUUUGCAAGGAACAAGCAGUAGGCAACUGCAGGAAUUGCCAACUUCCACUCAGACAAUGCUGCUGAAUCGUCUUGAACGAAUAUUUGAGGCCUGCUUUCCUCCUGUACCUGUUCCUGAAGUAGAAGAGGAUAUUGCUCCUUUAAAUCUCUUGUUGGAGUUGGGUAAUAAGCCAGGCAGGAGAGAGGAGGCAUUGUCAGAAAGGGAACUGCUGGAUGUGUGGACAGAGCUUCAAGAUAUCCAUGAUGCAUAUGGAUUGAAAUACCAGUGGGGUGGCUCCCACAGCAACAAAAAGCUUCUCUGUUCCUUAGGAAUCGACACAAGAAACAUUCUCUUCACAGGCAACAAGAAGCAACCUGUUAUAGUGCCCAUGUAUGCAGCAGGGUUGGGUAUGUUAGAGCCUACUAAAGAACCCCUGAAACCAAUAUCUGCUGCAGAGAAAAUAGCUUCAAUAGGACAGACUCCCCCUGUAUCGCCAGAGAUGAAUAUAUGUACACCUGAUCAGUUCCAGGAAUCUCUACCACCUGUCCAGUUUGACUGGAGUAGCAGUGGCCUUACUAACCCUUUAGAUGCUAGUGGAGGUUCCACUCUUCUGAACCUUGAUUUCUUUGGGCCCGUGGAUGACAGUAGCUCUAGCACCACCACCACCAUCCCAGGUGUGGAUCCAGAACUCUACGAGUUGACCACUUCCAAGCUGGAAACCUCCACCACCAGUAAAGUGACUGAUGCAUUCGCAAAACUUAUGUCAACAGUAGAAAAAGCAAGCACAUCAGCAAGAAAGCCCAAAAAGGAAGAACAACUCAGUGAAGAGGCUGCCAAGGUGAUUUCUAGCCUUCCUGACUUAACUUUCAUGCAUGCCAAGGUGUUGAUGUUCCCAGCCACAUUAACACCUUCAACAAGUUGCCAAGACAAGGUAGACUAAAACAAAGUGAAUUGGACAAUUUCUAUUGAAUAUCCCCCAGCCCCCUUUUCUGGGUCCUAUAAAAUGAUAUUGCUUUAAUUACAAAUUCAAGUUCAGAUGAUUUGUUGGUAAGCAGCACUAGAAAGGUAUACAUAGUUAUGUAUAUUUAUUUACAUACUGGAGUCCUAAAAUUUAUAUUAGAAAAAAAAUGUAAAUAACUGGGGAGGGUUGAACCUUUUUUGAAGAUUUACCCCUUUUUGUUGUGCUGGGAUGUAAACAUUUGUCUUUGUGGAAUACACUGGUGGUGUCCUUACAAAACUUUAUAAAUUUUUAAAAAUUGAAAUUUCCAAUCUUGCAAAUUCCCCCUCAGAUUUUUUUUCCAGCAUGAAUUUUUUUAUUUGAAAAUAUUUCUAUGGAAAGCCUAAAAUGUUAGGAUCUUUCAGUGAUUUCCAUUUUAAGCAGACUGUACCUUUUUAUCCAUCUAAUGUGGCUUUUUCUUCAGAGAAAGGAUGGUUGAUUUUUAGCGCUUUGAUUUCUAACUGUAAGAAUUUAUCAUCAUUGCCUUUCAAAGAGUUUACUACUAUCAGUUCUUUUUAGUCAAGUGCUAGAUCAUCACCUACCUACUUGAUUGUUGGGCUCUAGGUGUUAAUCAAUUUGGUUUGCGGUAGAAGGACCAAAACUAUCUGAAUGUCUUACAUAUAAAUAUACCUGUUUCCUUUUUUGUUUGUUUGUACCACUAUUAUGUUUGAUUUUGCACAGUGUAAAUUGACAUAAUCAUAGAUUGCUAUGGUUUAGGCUGUAUGUACAGUAAAACUAUGGGUUGUAAAUGUUUGGGGAAAUUCCUAUGGAAAAAAGAGAAUGCUAUGUAGAACAACCUCUAACAAGGUUUAUGUGCAUGCCCGAGGUCUUUUUGAAAUUCCAGUGUGUAAAUUUCCUCUUAGCUUACACAAAAAUAAAAAAAUAAAGUUAUAUAGUCUGUUAA